CAUAAAUGGUGUUAGAUCCUCUGAUGUCGCAAAACGCCUCUAGGGGAAAUACAUGCAAUUGAAAUCAAUCUGCUCAGGACAGCGUUAACGGCAUUUUCUGUGACUUUAAGUUUGACAAUGCGUUCAGCCAUUCUGAAGUUAUUUAUAUUUACUUUUGUUUCCGAAAAUGUUCUGACACCUCCAGCACAAAUAGAGCAAAAACUGUGAAAAAGAAUCGAAUUUGUGCCAACUUUAAAAUAAUGUUCAUUUAGGUAUCUCUAAUAUGAGAAUAUUUCUGGCAGUCAAUUUAGAAAUUUAAAAAUAAUUUCCAGAAUUUUUCCUUGACUGCUUAAUGAUAGGUUUUUUCACCCCAAGUAUUUACGAUAUUUACUUUUCGAGAUAGAAUCGAGUGCCCUUCUCAACUGGUCACCAAAUAGACAAGUCCUUUAACUCAUAAAUCUUUUGACAACUCAAAAUUAAUCGACAAAGUAUCUUAGCGUUUAACCAAUUGCUAGCGACUAAUAAUCGAUUUAAUAAACUGAGUGAUAAAUUAUCGUUUAUUAUCAAUGACCAAACAAUGUUUUCACCAUUUUUGUGUCUUAUGUCCGAUUCAUUAAAUUUCAAUGACCCUUAUAAUGUGGAAUUAAUGUAUCCAUGGAAAAGAGCCUUGGCGAGCUACGAUCAAAAUUUUAGCUUCAAUGGGUAGAAGUGAGAGCUAAAUUAAUGUUUUGGUGGUAUCAUGUUGGGUAAACAGAUUUAAUUGAAUUUAAAAUGAUAGGAAAGGUUCGUCAGAUUAUCCAAGGACACUACUACAAAGUGGUACAUACCCAUAACCUACACGACAUCAUCAAAUCCUCAAAACUUUGAAAAAACUGAACCUAUGCUUUGGUUAUCACCGUCCGAACAACGUGCUAUUAUACCUCUCGACAGUUCUGACUCGUGGGUAAUUUUAAAUAACCAGCAAACAGGGUUUUACAGGGUAAUGUACGAUGAUUUUUUGUUGGAAAAUAUCUCGAAAGCGUUACAGCAACCGAAUUUUGAUGGGAUCAGCGAAAUGAACCGCGCGCAAAUUGUCAAUGACCUGUUCUCUUUUGGGGAAGGCAACAAAACAAAGUACUCCAUGAUAUUUGAUCUACUUGAUUAUCUUAAAAAUGAAGUGGAUUUUCUUCCAUGGACGGCCGCAUUCAGCGCCUUCUUAGACAUAUUUAACAACAUUUCAGUGUACGAAUCCGUGCUAAUGUAUAAAAUCAGGGUAUAUUUGGUAUGUCUGCUUGAAAAAGUAUACACGACGAUACCAAUAAAUGCACCAGUGCCAGACGACAACCAAUAUUUUGCCAUGAAACAAUCAACGGUAAGCGAAUGGGCUUGCCGAUUGGGUUACCCAAGUUGCCUAGAGGAUGCUCGCCCAUUAUUCGAAGAUUACAAACAUGGAAAAACCAUAAACUCGCAUGUUAAGUACGGAGUACUGUGUAAUUGCGUGCGUUACGCAGCAAAUGAUUCUUAUUUUAAGUUCUUUGUGGAACAGUAUGUAAAAAGCGAGGACGACGAAGAGCAAAAGUACAUUAUAAGUAUACUCACCUGCACCCAAGAUUCCGACAGUGUUCAACUUUUGCUGAACUGGACACUGAAUAAUUCAUCGGUAUUAAAAGCUAUUAAUCAUGGCGUCGAAAUUUACAUUGAUCUUAUAUUUAGUUCGCCACAUGACCUCCAACUGACGCUACAGUUCAUUAAGCAGAACAUUGAAGUGCUUGUUAAAGUGUAUGGUAAGGAAAUGUAUGACGUUAUAUUGAAUAUGGUAGAUAGAUUCCCAGACAAAAAAAAUUUUGACCAGAUCGAGGACUGGAAGAUGCCUCAAAGUUUUGAUCCAACGUUUCACGAAAAAAUAUCGAAAAUUCUCAAAGAUAGUCUUCCUCGGCUCGACUGGAUCAAAUUGCAUAAGGAUGAAUUAUACAACUAUUACGAUAUAAUUGCAGAUUCUGUCGAUUUCUAUGACGUUGUAAUCGGAGGCUAAGACGAUUGAAGAUUGGCAUGUAACAGGAACACGAUCGGAGUGUCUAAGCAACUGUGCUUCGCAAAGGGCUUCUCUAUCGAUGGGAUAUUGCAUUAAGUUGAAACAGAGUCCUUCACAUGCAAUAUAUUUUAUUGUUGUUGGAAUUGGUUGUGCUUUCGAGCACUAGUAUGAACGUCACACUGAGGCACCCACAGUCAACUUGCGGAAGCAUCAGCCUUAAAUUCGCUCCUGCCAAGUGCAUGUCAUUAUCGUAUGUUCCUGUGGGGAAGAAGAAGAAAGUGAAGCCUUUUUUUCGGAUCGGAGGCGAAUUUAUUCACCCUUCCACAGUGUUCAAGCAAUGGCGCCACCUUAGUGGAUUGGGACCCAGCGACAGAG